AUGACUGGUACUGAGGAGUUUGUGGACGAUAAGAGAGGCUCAGAGGCCACUGAUAUGGAUGGAAACAGUAGCAAGGUACUGAAGCGUAAGAAUGAGGAUAAUCAGGAAGGUCAGUUAGAAGCUGAAAUUAAGCGUGUUGCUCUAGAUGAUGAUGAUGAUGAUGAUGAUGAUGAUGCGGGAGAGGAGCAAGAACGUCGAUUGGAUUCAGAUUCGAAAAAUAUAGUGUCAGAAGAUAGUAAUGCCACAACUGUUGAUGACAACCAUAUCCAUUUGAGAUUGUUGUGUCUUGUCAGAGAAGCUUCAUUAGUCGUGGGACAUAGAGGCGACAGAAUAAGUAAAAUAAAAAAUAUAACGUCCACAAAGAUUAAUAUAUCUGAAAAUAAUAAGGACACUCCAGAGAGAGUGAUACAUGUUAGAGGAGAUUAUAUGAAUGUGGCCAAAGCUAUCGCUUUAAUUGUAAAAUCGAUAACAAAUACUUUUGAUGACCAAAUAAACUCAGUGCCACAACACAAGGAUACAACCGUUGUGGAUAGAGAUACUCAACGUAAUUUUAAUGAUAAUAAUAACUCAGAUGAACUACCGACUACAUUGUAUUUUUUGAUAUCACAUUUUCUAAUGGGAUACAUAAUAGGGAAGAAUGGUAAGAAACUUAAAGAGAUCGAAGAAUCCAGCUCGAUAAAAUUGUUUGCAUCACCACAACAAUUGCUACCAUCUAAUGAUAGAAUACUUGCUAUCACUGGUACUUCUGAUGCAUUGGAAGUCGCCGUAUUAAAUAUUUCCAAAACAAUAAUAACUAACUCAAAUAAUAUCAAGAACAAGAGAUAUACAAAUAGAGCUAUAUUUUACCAACCAACGCCGAUGUACUCUGUGCUGAUAAAUAACUAUUCCAACAUAAGCUAUCCAAUCCAUUUAAACAUGGAUAUAGGGAAGAACAUCGGCAUGCAAAUGGGUAUGAACAUGAACAUGGGUAUGGACAUGAAUGCGGGAUACAGCCACCAGCAGCAUCACCAGUACCACCCUACCGAUAAGUAUACCUCAUACCGUAACAAUAAAAGGACAUUACCAUUAAGACCUGUGAAUAUUCCACAAUGUAACCCAUCUGCUAGAAAUGACGACACAAAAAGCAUUGUUUAUACUCCGGCAAAUGCAGCAAAAGCCAUGUCUUUUAUUCCAAAUUUCACAAUCCCAAAUGUAAAAGUAGUCGAACCCCAAAUUUUCAAUUCAGAUCAAAUAUUACCAAUGACUUUAGUAACGCAAGAGGUAUACAUUGAUGAAAACUUCGUUGGUAAUAUCAUUGGAAAGGAUGGUAGGCAUAUAAACUCUAUAAAGGAAUCCACCGGUUGCUCAAUAAAGAUAGACCCCCAAGAGGAAGGAUCAUUGGAGAGAAAGUUAAUAAUCAGAGGUACUUCGAUGGCCUCACAAGCUGCAAUUAUGUUGAUCAGUAACAAAAUCGAAACAGACAAAAUGAACCGCAAGGAAAGAUAA